AUGCUCAACGACUUUCAGUACUUUGCGAGCGCCUUUGAGUUUUACGUGUCUUUGAAGAUCCCCGAUCUUCACAGUCUUCUUUCCAGGAUGAAAGACGAUCUUCGUUACUUGACUGUCGGGAAGGUGUCCUUGCAGUUUGACAACGUCGACACAGUUGUGAGGCUCGUGACGGGAGGAAAGUUUGAAGACCCCGAUCCGGUCCUGGAGCAGCAUGAGUUCGAGGUUCUACGCCGGCCCAUCUUCUUGUCCCGAUAUCUGGACAAGCUCGCGAGCCAAGAAAUGGAAAUUCAUUUCAGGGAUACCCGCGCCCUCAUGACGGCCAUCGGGAGACGGCUAAUGACACUACCUGAGCACCUUCGUACCGAGGAGGAGCUGGAGUGUAUUCGCGCAGCGGGACGCCUUGAUGAUGUGCUUCACUGGCUGAGUUGCCGCGAGAAACCUCAAGGUCGUGAUGUGUGUUUUGGAGACGUGCCUCCACGAUGCCUGCUUGACACGAUAGCAGAGUCCUUGCUGGACGGAGUACCUGGCAGCUCUAAUGGCGAGCUUAUAGGCUUUGUUCAAGACUUCAUCGAUGUGAUGCGUGAGUUUACUCUUCGGCAGUACCGCAUUACAGACCUCCUCCGUGAACCUGCCAGCAGCGAACCUGCCAGCAGUGCCAGCAGUGGCAGCGCUGCCGGCAGCGCGGGGCCGCUCGCUGCUCGUGUCGGUGUGGCGGCAGGGCUUUCUGCUGCUGCUGGUGUUGGUUCGGCCCCAGCAACAGCGACAGCAUCAGCAUUGGUGUCAACCACUGCUCGGAGAGAGGCAGCUGAGUCAGCUGACACUCGCCGUGCUCAGGGCCGAAGUCGCAGUUUGCGCUACGUUUUCAGGAUUCCACGAGUCGAGAAUGUCUCUGAGGCGGACAAAGAAGAACUGUCCGAAUACAUCCUCUGCGCUUUGAAGCAGCUCAAAAUCUCCGUCGCUUGA